UCUCUCUCUCUCUCUCUCUCACACACACACACACUCGCUCCUACAGAUCGGGUUUAGUCAUGGAGGAGUUGAGCGCGGUGGGUGAACAGGUCUUUGAUGCCGAGUGUAUUCUCAACAAACGCCUGAAGAAGGGCAAACUGGAGUAUCUGGUGAAGUGGAGAGGAUGGUCGUCCAAGCACAACAGCUGGGAACCUCAAGAAAACCUUCUUGACCCGAGACUAUUGGCUGCAUUUAACAAGAGGGAGCAAGAGAAAGAACUCUUGAUCCAUAAGAAGGGUAAGAGGCCUCGUGGACGACCCAGAAAAAUUUUGGAAAGCAUUCCAGCCAUGUCAACAUUGUCAAAAUCCAGCAGCUCGUCCUCAUCAUCUUCAUCCUCUGGUUCAUCCUCCUCUUCCUCGUCAUCUUCGUCGUCUUCAGACGAUGACGAUGAAGACGUUAACAACAGGAAUCCAAAUCCCAGCCCUCGUCCGCGAGAGCUUCUCCCAGUCCCUCAAAAGAAAGCGCAGAUUGUGGUUGCCAAGACGGAACCUCCAAAGAAACGAGGGAGGAAAGCUCUUCCUCCAGAACUCAAGGCGCUGCGUCAAGCCAAAGGUCCAAAAGACUCUGAGCUACGAGGUAGCAUAAAGAAACCGCUAAUGCCUGCUAGCUUCAUGUAUACUGGGUUAAACAGAACCUCUGGACGAGACCAAGUCGCACCACACAACAGAGGAACUUUUACCCAGAGCACCUCUGUGAAGAGUUCACUAAGUUCCGCUGGUCGAUCUGUCGGAUCCACCUCGCCUUCACCACUAAGUCGCCUGUCGCAAUCCAAAACGGCUUCCGAUUUUAAGCUCUCUGUUUCGGACAUGUCCAGCGGAGGAGCUGAACCCAAAACAAUGACAAGCAAAUCUCCAGGAGUAGCUGCGUUGAAUUUACACAACUCAACAAGUAAUGGCAACAGACAGGUGUGUUUGCAACCUCCAGCUGUGUCUCCUAACAUACAGAGGAAACAGGAGGCUUCAGAUCAGAGUCCACCUCUGAGAGCAGUUAUUCCAAAAUCCUCGUCAAGCUCCUUUUCAUCUCAGAAAACUCCCUCCAGCCUCCAAGCUCUCAACCUGCAAAGCGCCAACAAAACCACACAGGGCAACGGUACCUCUGCCGCUAACAAUAGUAUUCACAUGAAGGGUUCCACCAACCCUGGCAGGAAAAGCACUGGAUUUAACACAAGACACAAGCACAGCUCUGCACCAAACACUCCUAGUGAGUACACAAGCACCCAGCAAGUCCUCAAGAAUCCACAACGAGACAAAUCCAAAGCAGACGAAGCCAGGGAUUUGUCAGAGAGACUCGGGAAGAAGAAUCAAGGUCAAACGGAGAAGAUUCCACCCCAGACUCCAACGAAAGAGAGCCGAGAUUCCCAACUGGUGCAAGACAGAGCAUCGGCUAAAGAUGUUUUGAAACAAGGAAAGACCCUGAGCGAACUGAGCACUGGAGAAGAAGGAAGCAGCUCGGAUUCCGACCAUGAUUCCUCGUUCCAGAUCAACAACCAGGAUCUGUCCAUCUCUGUGCAUGCAGGUCAGGACUGGAGGCCAACACGGAGCUUGAUCGAACACGUGUUUGUCACUGACGUCACCGCAAACCUUGUCACGGUCACAGUAAAGGAGUCGCCCACCAGCGUAGGGUUCUUUAGCAUCCGCAACUAUUGAAUGUCGUCAACUGGACACAUAGCUACUCUGGGAAAGUUGGAACAGCUAAGAGAAAAUGAUGGAAGUUCAGAGGAUUUAAAGAAGUCAAAGGAGCAUUUUGGUGUCGAGAUCUUAAUAGAUUUUACUCUCACUUGUUUUUACUCAACGCUGAAUUGUCUUGGUUACUUUUGAAGUUUUGAAAGAAGACCAAUGCCUAAUGACUUGUAUAAUCUUUCCUGAUGUUUAGUAAAAGAAGAACUGUUUGUCUGUUACAGUUGCUGUACUAUAUCUUAAGUUUAGAGGUAUACUUGGUUUUCCACAUGCCGUAACAUCUCGCGCACUGUCGAGCGCUCAGCCUUUCAAAGUAUACUCUUUUGAACACGAGCACAAUCGGACGCGUUCGUACGAUGUGCAAAGAUGCGGACUGUCCGCCUGUCUAGAAAAGCUAGGCUGCACAUGGACAGUCCUCGCAUACUGUGCUGAUGACAACAUUUUCAUCAUGCACACUGUGCGUGAGACGAUCCAUCACUUGGAAAACCAAAGUAAACUUAAGCCUUUAGGAAUGCAAUUAAUCUUAAAACGAGGGAUUCGCUAUUCUUCCUGGUUUUCUCGGCAGAGAUUGUUUCUAGUUCUCUUAAAGUUAAUUCUGAAUACGGUAUUCGGAAAAAAGAAAGUAACAAGAUCAGGAAUGUAUCCAAAGUGGUUUUAAGGGGUAGUUCAUCCAAGAAUAUUUGUUUCUGAGUGAACUGUCCAUUUAAUGCUGAAUCUCAAAUCACAAUUUUAAAGAUGCUCGUUUUUAGAGCUAUCGUCUUUUUCCCUCCUGAUAUGAUUGUGGGUGUCCUUUUGAUACUACAAAACAAUUUUCUGUUUAUUUAUUAUGUCUUACUGAUUUUGUUCUUUGGUGAUAUGCUCAAACACACAGUAAAGAUUUGUUUUGUACUAAAUUCAUCAUCAUCUGUUUUAAAUCAGAACUCGUGAAUAUAUCACAAUUUAUCCUUCAGAACGAUUCAGGUCAUGUUUUAGUCUCUAACAUCAAGUGCACUGAUAAUGAAGCGUGAGUCCAUCUAAAACACAACUCUUCAUUUUAAAGAGUCAUUUACCCAAAAAUGAAAAUUCAGUUCCAAUCAUUUACUUAGCCGUAUGUUGCUAAAGAGAUUGUUUUUUCUCAGAUGUUUCUUCUUAAAUCCCUGAAGAGAAAUAAGAAACACAAAUAAGUGAAUUUCUGACUUGGAGUAAGAGUGUGGAGCUCUACAAAUUAAUGCGGAAAGCAUAGUUCAGAUCAUGUGAAUUUGGAAGAAUUUGAUAACUAUUCGUGUUCAUAUUAAGACUAGUUUCAGCAAAGGUCUUUAUAUGCACUCCGUUUAAUCUCAUUGCUUUUUAAAAGAAACCACAAUGAAAGAGAUACAGUAUCAUUAGUUAUGUUCUUUCUAAUUGGUUUGACAAAUAUUUAUUUUCUGAUUAAUUUCGAUCUUCAUUUAAACGAUCCUCAUAUGGUUUCUCAACUUUUUCAAAAGUGAUCAAAAUGGACAUUAUGGCUGAAAUAAACCCAAAUGAAUCUGAAUUUAAUCAAAUCGUAUCUGAGUUUAAUCAAAUCGGGAAAUUUGUAUUGAUGCCCAGCCUUAGUUGACAUAAAUGCUGCGUAAAAUAGACAAGAUUAUUAAAAAAAAAUGCUUGGUUUCAGCUUGGUAAAGAUCCCACCAGUUUUUGCUCAUAGGCUGUAGGGAGUUUUCCAAGCAUGUACGGCAUGCUGUCACGCUUGUAGUUACUGCAGUUUGAACGUCUGCGUGUCACCGCAGGGCUUGUGUUAUCAGCCUUUGCUCAUUCCUGACUGGAGCAAGAUAAUUGCGAGAUGAACAGAAGGCAUGAGAUAGUCUAUAUCUUUCUCUCUCCUGCAUAAGGGCUGAGAUAAGAAAAUACAUGUGCUGAGGUUACUGUCUGUCUCAGCAUUUCACCACCAGGUUCCUCUUAGCAUACUUAUGUAAGCUGCUCUCACAACUGCCAGACACUGCAGACCUGAUGUACUGCGCAGGAGGGUUUGGAUUUCAACAUGUGCACAUGUAACUCUCAAUGCAUGUUGAUGUUUGUAGCAUAUAGUGGCCCCCAAAAAAGUAUUUGAACACUUAAGCAACACUUAAAAAUGACUGAAUGUCAUUGCAUUAGAUAACAAAAUUUGAAUGCAAGUGGCAUUAAUUUUAUUAAGCUAACAUAAGCACAUUUUUCAAGCAAAACAUUUGACAAAAUGAAGUUAGGGUUAGGUUAUUCUUAUGUUUGAAAUGAUAAAACAGAUAUACAGAAAGUAUUGUGAUACUUAUGUUUGUGAAAUGUUAGUGGAACAUGUUCAUAGUUGAUGUGCUGAUCUACACUUGGCUGAGAAAAUCUCCAGCAGCUUUUGAGCACAGAUUAAUACGGAGCCCCUUAGAGGACAGGGCAGGAUUUUUUUUUUUUUCUGAAAUGGUUUUGCGUUCCCUCUUAAUAGUAUGUGUUCCCUCACAAAAAAAUGAACCAUGGUUUUACUACAGUAACCAUAGUUAUAAUAUAAGAACUCAAAA